AUGUCCUGGUCGCAACUCCAUGAGGUUUAUUGGUACGAUAACCCAGAAAAAACCAUCGAUUGUGCCGUUUGUAACGCGCCUUCGUCUGGUCGACACUAUGGUGUAUUCACAUGUGAAGGGUGCAAGUGUUUAUUCAACCGAACCGUUCGUUAUAAGCUGUCUUACACUUGUGAGUCUUCUGGAAAUUGUCGUAUCGACCGCCAAAACCGAACGCAGUGUCAACAUUGUAGAUUCGAGAAGUGUGUUCAAGUGGGAAUGAGACGAGAUGCCAUCAGAAGAGGACGGCCCACAAAGUAUUCCUACCUGUCAAGAUCAUCAAAAUCGUUCACCUCUCAGUAUGACGUAAUAACGCUUCUUACCCAGUUAGAAAGAGGCAACCGAGCCUCUAUAACUGCUGCUCCCACUUCACCAACCUUGGAGUCCACUCCAUGCCAUAAAAUAUGGACCUUAUUUUCUACUGCUUUAGAAUGGACUAAGCACGUGCCUAUGUUUUCAAACCUGGAUAUCUGUGAACAGUAUGCCAUGCUGAGAUGUUGCUGGAGUGAUCUAUUUGUUUUAAUCGCUGCUCAAUAUGAUCUGCAAAUCGAUUCUGUAGCGCUUUCUUACGAGAUUGAGGCAUGCGCAGGAAUGUGUAACGGGAGGAAGCUACGACUGAAGCAGACGCUGGCCAGUUUUCACGAGUGUUUGCUACGCUUGCGCGGUUUAGAGGAGGCUGAAUACGCAUGCCUGAAAGUAAUGGUGCUGUUUUCUUCAGGUUAG